CCAUUUUGAAACUGUCCAAUGGGGAGUGGGCUUUAAAAAAAUACGCUCUCUAUCUUUAUGGUAUUUACGUGGCUCAGCCUUGAAGGAAGACAACUUCUCUGAAUGCGUUUCGAUUUUUCCGCACUUAUAACACUUCUAGUGACAUGUCGAGUAUAUUAUAGCGGAGGACUAAGUGAGCUGUUGCUCUAGAGACGGGGUCGCAUCCCUCCGCUGAGAUGGAUGGCGGCGACGACACCGUGACAGCAUUACGGUUCGCCCACUGAACGCCGACUCGGAUCUCGAGUGACCGUCUUAGCGUUAGACGUAGCACCGGCCUGAGCUGAACUGUUGUUCACUAUUAUCACUUUUCACCGAUGAACCCCUUUCGUGGCACGGCCAAGGACGUGUAAUUUCGUUCCAUGGCCCACCAGCUGGCGUGUUCCCAGAGGUCAUGGAUGGAGAACUAAGCUGCUGCCCCGACCAGGUCAGGGUCGGUGGAACCCGGGUUAGUAAGCCCCGCCCACGUCAGGUCAGUUAACACGUAAGUUCAGUAGGCCCUGCCCACGCCGGGGCGUGAGACGUCAGUGGACGCCGCUGUUGUUUGAACUCUCUUCCUCAUUCGGUCCAAACUUUGAGAGCACACGCACAGGUCUGCCCCGCGGACCAUGCUCCCGUCAGUCCGCUCCUCUCCCGCUCAGUGAAGAACCGGAUCCACAAUGAAGGCCUUCGGAGCGCGCUUCUCCUUCUACGUGGGCUUCCUGUGUGGGACCGUCACGCUGUACAUGUUCCUCCAACACUUCUGGUUCCAGAACAGCCUGUCGAUGGGCUCCUACGGGGGCUCUGAUGAACACCAGCUGGAGCAGAAGGAAGAGCUGAAGAACUGGAAGAAGGACAGGUCUGCGCUGUUCAACCUGAACCACCCACACCACAAAGGGGAGGACAGUCGCGUGGCCGACGACCUCUUCAAGAAGGUGCGCAUCCUGUGCUGGGUGAUGACGGGCCCCAAGAACCUGCAGACCAAGGCCAAGCACGUCAAGGCCACGUGGAGCCGCCACUGCAACAUCGUGGUGUUCAUGAGCUCGGUGGACGACCCCGACUUCCCCACGGUGGGGCUGGACACCAAGGAGGGCCGCGACCAGCUGUACUGGAAGACCAUCCGGGCGUACAAGUACGCGUACGAGCACCACCGCGACGACGCCGACUGGUUCCUCAAGGCGGACGACGACACCUACGCCGUGGUGGACAACCUGCGCUGGGUGCUGGCCAACCACACGCCGGAGGAGCCGGUCUACUUCGGCCACCGCUUCAAGCCCUACACGCCGCAGGGCUACAUGAGCGGCGGCGCGGGCUACGUGCUGAGCAGGGAGGCGCUGCGGCGCUUCGUGGGGGGCUUCGAGAGCGAGGUGUGCACCCACACGUCGUCCAUCGAGGACCUGGCCAUGGGCCAGUGCCUGGAGAAGGUGGGGGUGAGGGCGGGAGACUCCAGGGACACGUUGCAGAGGGAGACCUUCCACCCCUUUGUUCCCGAGCAGCACCUCACCUCCAAGUUCCCCAAGAGCUUCUGGUACUGGAACUACUGCUACUACCCCAUCAAAGAGGGUCCAAAUUGCUGCUCUGACUUGUCGGUGUCGUACCACUACGUGGACGCGACCACGAUGUAUGUGCUGGAGUACUACACCUAUCACCUGCGGGCCUUCGGUUACAACCACCGGUACAAGCCCCCGGCCCCGCUGGGGCCCCAGACCGCCAAGGCUCCCGACGCAGCCCCCGAGGACGCGGCGGUAGGGGCCCCCGCCAAGGAGCUAGGAAAGGAGGAGAAAGACGCAGCCCAGGCGGGCGUGAACCAGGGAGACACGGUUCCCUUGGCCCCUGCUUCCAAGGCCUAAGGCUCCCUGACCCCUGACCUCUGACCCCUCCUGUCCCCUGGACUCGCUCACUGGGACAGCACCUUCAGGGUGUUUGUUCCCGUGCACCGUUCCUUUGUUCCGCCGUGUUUGUGAUCUCCAACUCUUUUUCAUUUUUUUUCUAGAGAGGUGAACUAAUAAAGUCGUGCGCUAUGAACGUCUUUUUGUGGAAGCACUGCUUUGAAGUGCACGGUCUAGAGACCUGAACCAUAAACAAAAGACGUCAAGAUGCAUCUCCUCUGGUCAAGUGUGUUUCUCCCCGGCUGGAGGCUCCGUUACCUCCUCGUCUGUGUUGCACACAGCUGCAAACAUUUUGUUUAGGAAUUGCCUAAACAAAAGAUACGAAGAUUGGAUCCCGCCCUGUUUUGUUACCAUGGCGACCGGGGCAAAGAGCCUCACCUGGUUCACGGCCAACCCCCUGGCUUCGCCAGCUAUGGAGGUCGACCUGUCCCGACCUUGGCCUUCAUUACAGCUAAACAUCCGAUGGACACUCCUUCCUGACUGUGUAGGAGGUGUUUGGUGGAGAGUGGAGUGCUUCCUUCAGACGGACGCUUCGGUCUGUGGGGUUUUGAACGCUCCAGUCUUUAGUAUUUUUGGUGCGGCCAAAACCCACUGGAGAUUAAACCAAAAAGCUUUUAACAUUGCGUUGCGAAUUGAUGCAUGUUCAGAGUACGUCGCUACGGUCAGCUGACUAGUUGCUAGAUUUCCACCUCUCCUCACAGAGAAAUUGAUUAAUGUAGGAAAUUAUAUGUUUAAGUUACUUCUUCAAGUAAAAGAAAAGGUUUAGAUUGUAGUGGCUGGAUAUCUUGAGAUCACGAUAGAAUGAAUAGGUUGCCUUUACUCUACGAUGGCCUUGCGUUGCCAUCAUCUGGACCAGUAUUUGCAGCGUCUGUAGUUAGUGUUGCUAUUCAACGGGUUAAACCAAACCAAUGGAAGGGGUAGCCCUGUUUGGUACACUCCGCUAGGUCUACCCGUCUCUGCAGUUGUCAAUUCAAGUAUUUUGUAUCCUUCAAUAAGCUUAAUUAAUUAAUUAAUUCAUUCAUUCUUCAUGCGUUACUGCUUUCUGACGAUCUUGUCUUUCCUAACUGACUUGUGCCUUGCAAAUUGAGAGCGUGAACUGUCAGCUGCACUUAUGACUUUACACUGUGACAUUCAAUACUUCUGCUGUUGGUUCUGGGAACGCCACUAGACGAGGUAUUGUUUUUUUUCUUACUCUAAUGAAGGAUGCCGUCUCUGGACAAUUUUUGCUCCCAUUUUUGCAAGUAGUGGUUAACAAAUGACGGUGGAUUGGAUGGAUUGAAUCUGGUCAAGAUUUAUCUGCAUACUUUUGUCAAUGCAAAUAUUACAUGGUGAAGUCCAAUAGGCUUCACCAGGAUUCGAUACCAAGCAACAAUUCUGAUAAUUUUGGAGGUAAUUGCCAAAAAUAUAUAAAAAAUAAGAAUUGAGUUGAAUUACAAAAAUUGUAACUUUUUUUUUUCCAGAUUCAAUUCAUUAUACACGUGUCGGCCCAUUGUGUUUUAGUAACUACUUGUUAAUUUUUUAUUUCAAACCAAUGCAAUAAUACUGUCAUUUCUUGACGUUAAUUGUACAGUGUAUCAGAAGACUAGUUAGGAUGCCUUACGUCAGUGUUUACAUUUCUAUUCUUGUCCACUGAGCAUGCCGUCUUAUCCAGUUCAAACCAAAUCAGCAUGUUUGGGAUAUUUAUUUGGAGUUUGGGUGAUGUGUGCCACUUAUAGUGAUUUUUACCUAACUAUUACAUAGUUGUAUGUAUAACGCGGGUAGUCUUAUUUGCUGCCUUCUUGAAGCGGUGUUGCGGUUGCAUAUUUUACAUAAAGCUCAUUGAGUCAAUCAAUUGACAAUCUUAAAUUCCAAAAACUAUUCUCUAUGGGUGGGAAGAUGUACAGAAGUCUCAGAAUGAUGUGCGUUGGGAAUACAUUUACAAAUGUACUUAGAUUUAAGGGGGUUGGUUUAAAAGUCGUGUUAUUGAGUUUGUGAAUGUGAUUAGAGUCAAUUUAUCAAUGAAUAAAUGCAUAUUUUACUAAUU